GUUUCCUCGCGUUCGGAGCAACUCCCAACACGUUCGGUGACGGAGACGACCUGGAUCGUCAUGGGCGGGUCGCCAUGGCGUUCGGUCUGGACGUACCGACGCUACUGGAUGAUGCCAACAACACCAAUAGCACUCACGACUGCCGUGAGAGGUACAAAGUCAAGACAUUUUCUGCGAUAGCCUUCUCGCUUGGUCUGAACUCUUUGACUCUGCUGACGGCCUUGGUGGUCUUGGGCUUUGCCCUGCGCACCCAACGUGGCCGCCGCCUCUUCGGGCCGCGCUUGGCAGAAGGAGAAUUCUGGGCAUUUCCCUUCGGAUGGAUGAGGCUAGCUUUGGCUCGUGAUCAAAUACGAGAUGAAGUAGGCUUGGAUGCGAUGGUGACCAUCCGCUUCCUGGAUCUGGGCUUGAAGUUCUGUCUGGUGGGAAGUCUUCUGAGCAUUGUGCUCGUGCCGAUGUAUGCCUUCUCUGAACACACCGACCAUCAUGGCAAUUUCGCACGCUUCAGCCUCUCCAACAUUGACAGCGAAAAGGGGCCGUUGAAGUUCCACAUCGUAGUGACCUGCGCAUACUUGCUGAACAUCGCCUUCAUCCACUUGAUGGUCGGCGAGUGGCAGAACUUUGUAAACAUCCGCCGGAAGCAGUUCAAGCAGUCGGUGCUGGGUCUGUCGGGGCCUGGGGCAGCCCAAGCCAUUCGAUCGAUCUUGGUGGAGAACAUGCCCAAGGACUACUGCUCAGCAGAUAAGCUCUUCGAGUACUUUGAGAAACAAUUUGGAGAAGGCUCUGUGCAUUCAGCUGUGGUACAAAGUGACACCAGUGAUUUGCAUCAGAUCGAGAACUGCUGCCCCUGCUGGUACCUCAAAGCUUCGGAAAGGAUCACGAAGAUCCGAGGGAACCUUCGGGCUGACGUGGCCACGGGUAUCGAGCUGUCGAGCUUCACUGAACAACAGCCGAGGAGAGGAAGGAGAACCACCGUGGCGGUGGACGAACGUUCCAUCCUGGCCGGGGUGAACUUGCAGUCCGCUGCGAAGGAAAUUUCCCGGAAUGUGGGGAACAACAUCAAGGUGGUGGCGAGCACCGUGUCCAAGGCCUUGCCGGGAAAGGAGUUGGUGAAGAAGUCUUCCUGCACCACAGGCUUUGUCACCUUUCAGCUGGUGCAGACGCGCGUCAUGGCGGAACAAGUGCUUCCCUCGCAUCGCUCCAACUGGCACAUUCGCUCGGCACCGGAGGCGAGAGAUCUCGUCUGGUCCAAUGCUUCAAUGCCGUUCAAGUUGAUCUCUGCCCGGAACGUGGUCUCGCAGUGCGUUUGCCUCCUUGGGGUGCUCUUCUGGUCGGUGCCAGUCUCGACGAUUCAAGUCUGGGCCAACGAGCCGACGCUGCGGAAGUUCUUCCCGACGCUCUUCGAGAUCAGUCACAGUUCCUGCAAGCUUUGCAGCACCUUUCUGUUGAAGUACGUGCCGGUGGUGACCUUGAUUCUUCUGCUGGCCUUGCUGCCCAUCAUCUUCGAAGCCAUGACUCGCAGGUACGAGCGUCAGAAGGUGAAAUCCGACAUCCAUCGGAUCGUUUUGAACCGCUACAUGGCAUACUUGCUCGCAACCCUUUACGUGGCCGUCGUGUCGGGCUCCGUGUCCGAGACCUUCGAGACCUUGGAGAAGGUGCUGCGGGAGCCUCCGCAAGCCUUGGAACAAGUCAAGGAGGCGGUGCCCACAGUGGCAGUCUACUUCAUCACCUUCGUCUUGGCGCGUACCGGCAUCACGAUUCCCAUCCUCCUCUUCUAUCCUGGGCUGUUCCCGGCAUCGGGCUGCUACUUUGCCACCGAAGCCUCUGACGCCGCACUGAUCCUCGUGCUGGGACUCACGUAUUCUGCCAUUGCGCCACUGAUUCUCCCUGCAUGUGCUGCAUACUUUGCUGUGACUUCGGUGGUUUAUCGAUGGCUGUUCUUGUACGUCUAUGAGCAGGAGUUCGAUUGUGCUGGAAGCUUUUGGUACGACCUCUUCAAUUACUCUGUGUGGGGCAUGUUCUUCAGCAACCUCAUUUUGGUGUCACUCGCAGGAGGACACCUCCGGCUGAACUCCUAUGGCUUCUAUGCCACGGCCGCGCUCCCGUUGACGACUUUGGCCUUCAAGGCCAUUUGCGAGCACCGCUACGCGCGGCCCUCGCGCGCGGUGGCGCUGGAGGACGCUGUGGAGGCCGAUCGCCAGGCGGAGGAAGAGGCUCAGGUUUGCCUGGACUACAACUACUAUGUGGAUCCAGUCCUUUCAAGCUACAGCCCUUGCAGCUCUGGCAGCCCUGGCGCGCCCAGUCCGAGUUGGAGGGCUCGUUUAGCUGAGAGCUUUGGUGCAUGAGGCACCCCGGCGACAUGGCACAGUUCAGGUGAAUCCUCCUGCGAGAGCGCAAUGAAUGCCUGGUUGUGAAGGCGGCAAGGCUUUGGAGAGGGUGGUUGCAAACCUUUUCAAGGUUGCUU